GUCUGUUUCCAUUUCAUUUCUUUUGUUGAUAACCACACUGGUGAUACGGAUAAUAUUUAUAUAUUAAAGGGUCUUGGAGUUGUAAUCUACAAAUUAGGGAUUAGGUUUUCCUUUUUCAUGGAAUCUACUGGAAUGGUUUCAAUGUGUUUAGAGCUUAUGUGGUUAGGAUCCAUUUAGAAACCAAGUAUAACUCCAAAAACUGGAUUUUUUACCUGCCAAUCCAAAAAAUGGUUACUAUAGACCACUGGCUAAUUUAGUGUUUAAUAAGAUGAGUAAGGCCCUACUCCAUAUGCAUAUCUAAUGCUUCCUUAAAAUGUUCUUUAAGUAGUGUUUUGGCCAAAGAUCUCUCCUUGUUGCAUAGUUUGUCUGUUUCCAUUUCAUUUCUUUUGUUGAUAGCUACGCUGGAAAUACUAUUAAAGGGUCUUUUCUUGUUUCUCUAUACUGGUUCAGGUGUGAGCUUGAUUGAUGUCUAAAACGGUUAUUGAGGUGCUUGGUUCUGUUUUGCUUUAAUUAGAAAGAGAGAGAGAUGAGUUACACGAUGGUGACGGAUGAGAGUGAUGAUGCUAUGUACUCAAGCAUCUAUAACGAAUCACCAUCUGCUGAUAAUGGCUGCACGAGUAGAGGGAAAGGAAGUGUUUUGAAGAAAGGGCCAUGGACCUCAACUGAAGACGGGAUUUUGAUUAAUUAUGUUAGGAAGCACGGUGAAGGUAACUGGAAUACUGUGCAGAAACACACGAGUCUUGCUCGUUGUGGUAAAAGCUGUCGUCUCAGGUGGGCUAAUCAUCUGAGGCCGAAUUUGAAGAAAGGAGCUUUUAGCAAAGAAGAAGAACAGCUUAUUGUUGAAAUGCACGCCAAGAUGGGAAACAAAUGGGCACAGAUGGCUGAAUAUUUGCCUGGUCGAACAGAUAAUGAGAUAAAGAAUUAUUGGAACACACGUAUCAAGAGGCGGCAACGAGCAGGCUUACCACUUUACCCUCCUGGAAUCCAUGUUGAAGACAUGCACUGGAGUCAAGAGUAUCCAUCAACGAGUAAUAAUAUCACCGGAGUAGAUAGAAGAAGACAUCAAGAUUAUAUGCAGUUGGGAAAUUCCAAAGCUAAUGUCCUGUUUGACGAUCUAAACUUUGCUAAUGUUCUGUUUGAGGAUCUAAAUUUUGCUACUAGCUUGUUACCUAGAGCUUCUGACAUAACAGAUAUGUUCGCAUGCAACAUGCUAGGAACAGGUGAAAGUAGCUCCCGGUACGAAAGCUACAUGCCACCAAUAUUACCUUCCCCGAAGCAACUCGGCGGAUCUGGAUCUCGGUUUAACAUAAGGCAAGAGUUCCAAUCUCCGGAACAGUUUCAGAACGCUGCUCCACAAAAGAAUCCAAGAUCCUGCAAUAUCUCUGAUCAUCCUAUGUAUGGAAACCAGCAUCAAUCUGAUGUGAUGAUUCCAGAUAGCCAUACCUUUACGGAUGGCAUGCUUCCUACUUCUAAGCCCUUGUUUGGGGCAGUGAAGCUGGAGCUCCCUUCAUUCCAAUAUUCAGAAACUAGUAGUGCAUUUGAUCAGUGGAAGACUACACCGUCACCUCCACAAUCAGAUCUACUGGACUCUAUUGAUACUUAUAUUCAGUCUCCACCACCGUUGGAGAUAGAUGAGCCAGGUUGUUUCUCAUCAUGCGACACUGGCCUACUAGAUAUGCUACUUCAUGAGGCCAAGAUCAAAGCUAGUGCGAAGCAUAGUUUGUUGUUGUCUUCAUCUGAGAAGAGUUUCAGUUCAACUGCUUGUAUGACCGAUGCUACUCAGAAUGUACCGCGUGGAGGUGAAACCCAUAUCACAUCAGCUGAGAGUCCUUGUUUUGUAUUUGAAGCUUUUGCAGGGAACGUUGUAAAGACAGAAGAGUUGGAUCAGGUAUGGGAACCAAUGAGAGUUGAUGUAAUACGACCUGAUGUUUUACUUGCAUCGAGCUGGCAAGACCAACAAGGCCGUUUUGGGAUUGUUAGAGAGUCAAACAGCAUGAGUGAUGCACUUGCGCUUCUUCUUGGUGGGUGA